AUACUCGCAUAUUUCGGUGUUUACCGUUACUCUAUUUACAUUCCUCUAUCUUCAAAUAGAAGAAAGAAGUUUCUUAAGAAAUUGUUAUCUUUGUGUAAUACAUUUAUUACGUAACGCAUUUUUUUCACAAUUCAGGGAUUGAUUUCUGUUAAAGAAAUAAUCACAACUUUUAUGCAAAGGUGCUGCAAUUUUAAACAGGAUAUAAAACUGAAGAAGUUUGGGACAUGGUUCUAUAAAUGGUUCUCCAAUAAGAUACUUCCAUCAAGAGAAAUAUGGCAACAAACGUUAUCAUAACUAUGAUGAUCUUUUGCCAAUGCAUCACUGUCAUUGGCGCCAAAGGUUUACAGGGAAAACAUGGAAAACAGACAGGACGAAAAAGUAAUACGGUCACUGUUAAAUAUGAAGGAACACUGGAUGAAGCAAAAGCAUUUGGAUCAAGCUUGGGCCUAGAAUUUCAGUCAAAUGUUUUCGGAGAGUGGUACGUGUUUACUGUGCCAACAUUACCACAGACACAGUUUCUUGUCCCAAAAGAUGUCCCAGAUAUCAAUAUCAAUAUAAGGAAAGCUAAAAAACUGGACAGAAAGGUGAAAUUUAUAGAGCAAGAAAGUUACCGAAAGCGUAUAAAGCGUUCUUUGGUUAUCAACGAUGAGAAAUGGCCAGACCAAUGGCAUCUGCAACCUGCGCAGACACCUAGCAUGAAUGUUUACAAAGCGUGGGAAAUGGGGUAUACCGGAAGUGGUGUCACUGUUGCCAUAGUGGACGAUGGAAUGGAUGUAGAUCAUCCGGACUUGAUUCAAAACUAUAAUCCUUCAUUAAGUUACGACUUUAUUACAAACACCGCUGAUCCAUCACAUAAAGACUCGGGCGAUGGACAUGGUACCAACUGUGCAGGAGUGGUAGCCGCUGUAAAAGAUACAACCUGUGUAAUCGGAGUGGCCUACGAAAGCAGAUUAGCUGCAAUACGAAACUUAGGUGAUGGAGAUGGAGAUGGAGUAGCGUCCAUAGAAGCAACGGCUCUCACACACAAGUACCAGUAUAUUGAUAUAUAUAGUAACAGUUGGGGACCAGAAGAUGAUGGAGUUACCAUGGAGCCUCUGGACAAAAUGGUUGAAGAUGCAUUUGAAUUUACAAUAAAGGAGGGGAGAAAUGCAAAGGGUACAAUCUAUACAUUUGCUUCCGGUAAUGGUGGAUAUAUGGACGACAGCUGUAGUGCUGACCCUUAUUCAGGCAGUAUGUAUACAAUAUCAAUCAGCGCUGUGGACCAAAAUGCAGCGAGUGCAUCAUAUUCUGAGCGUUGCACGUCUAUUCUGGCUGCGACAUAUAGUGGGGAUGUCGGUCUUCUUGAUAUUACAACAACAGGUCCUAAUCAAACAUGUGUUGAUGAUUUUGAUGGAACAUCAGCUGCAUGUCCUCAGGCAUCAGGCAUCAUUGCUUUGACACUUCAAGCCAAUCCAGACCUCACCUGGAGGGAUAUUCAACACAUGAUUGUUGAGUUUUCAAACCAUUCCGGUCUACAGCACAGGACAGGAGACUAUGACUUCUAUACGAAUGGAGCAGGGAAACAAGUGAGUCUAUGGACAGGUUUCGGUCUAAUGGAUGCAAAAGCGAUGGUAGAUAACGCUUCAACUUGGUUAAGUGUUCCUCCAAGAAUAGCUUGCGGGUCUGAUGAUUUAUUUAUUCACAGGUCUCAAACGAUCCAGUUCACGGAACGUUACAACGUGACAAACUGUUUUAUCAAACAUCUUGAGCAUGUACAGAUUCGUAUCUCUUACCUUUCCUCAUUCCGUGGCCGUGUUGAAUUCUAUCUAAGGUCACCAAUGGGUACCGAAAGCCUUAUCGUGCCGCAGCGAGCCAAUGACGACUUUUCUCAUUUUACUACUUUCACGUUCAUGUCUGUGCAUACGUGGGGUGAGGAUCCUAAUGGUCAAUGGCAACUAACAAUGAAUCCCGUGAGCCAGAAAAUCGAUAUGUACUUAUUCGCGUGGAGAUUGGAACUCUUCGGUACUGCAACAAACCCGUUAGAGGGGACUCCUUCCGUGGGAACGUUUGGUAGUCCAUGUGCCGAUACCGAGUCGUGCACCUCAGUUGUUGAUGGUGGCUGCUUAAAAGAUAACACGGCGUUAUGCGAUGACAUUUGUGUUCCUUGCAAAAAUGGAUUCCAUUUCAGAGGCGGCUUUUGCGAGAAAGAUUGUCCACCUCUCGCGUUUGUUGAUGGGGGUUAUUUGGUCCUUACUUAUACCCAGGAGGGAAUUAUAGCCAAGUAUAGCUGUGAUGAUGGGUACGCAUUCAUUGGUGGUGAUUUAACCAGACUAUGCGGUAGCGAUGGUGUUUGGACUGGCACGGAACCAAUCUGUGAUAUUGACUGCGGACCUCUAGUGGCCCCAGUCAAUGGAAGCGUUUCAUACAAUGGCACAACUUAUGACUUUAGUGCAGUAUAUGCUUGCAACGAAGGCUUUAGCAUUAAUGAUGGGGAUGAAGAACGAAUAUGUUCUGAAUACGGAGAAUGGACCGGAAGUGAACCGAUCUGCAGGAGAGGUUGCAGAACACUAGAGAAUCCUGAAAACGGAAAUGUGUCUUUCACUAACACCACAGAAGGUUCUGAGGCAGUGUAUACUUGCGAAGAAGGAUACAUUCUUUCUGGAGGAAAAUCUCAAAGAAUAUGCAGUCCGAAGGGUAAAUGGUCAUCGGUUGAACCGGCGUGCUUGAUUGACAAAGUCUCAUCAAGUGCAGUCAUAGCUGAAAACCAAAUGGAUUUACUGAUAAAGCUAUAUGUCGCAGUACUGUGUGUUGUUUUCCUCAUGCAUUGAGCUGUCUUUCGACUUAUCCAGGAUACAAAAUGUACAAUCAUCAUGAAGUAACCUGGAUACUGGACAAAUACGUUUAUCAUAUAUGAAACUUGUACUUUAUGGAUGUAUUGACAUUGAAUGUUUUGUGUAAAAAAUAUGUUUUUUAGCUCACCUGAGCAAUGCUCAGGUGAGUUUUUCUGAUCGCUCGAUGUCUGUCGUCUGUCGUCCGUCGUCUGUCAACAUUUAGCUUGUGUAUGCGAUAGAGGCUGUAUUUUUCAAUAAAUCUUCAUGAAUAUUGGUCAGAAUGAUAACCUUGAUGAAAUCGAGGCCGAGUUCGAAAAUGGGUCAUCUCGGGUCAAAAACUAGGUCACUAGGUCAAAUCAAAGAAAAACCUUGUGUAUGCGAUAGAGGCUGUAUUUUUCAUUUAAUCUUCAUGAAUAUUGGUCAGAAUGAUAACUUUGAUGAAAUCGAGGCCGAGUUCGAAAAUGGGUCAUCUCGGGUCAAAAACUAGGUCACUAGGUCAAAUCAAAGAAAAACCUUGUGUAUGCGAUAGAGGCGGUAUUUUUCAAUUAAUCUUCAUGAAUAUUGGUCAGAAUGAUAACUUUGAUGAAAUCUAGGCCGAGUUUGAAAAUGGGUCAUCUUGGGUCAAAAACUAGGUCACUAGGUCAAAUCAAAGAAAAACCUUGUGUAUGCGAAAGAGGCUGUAUUUUUCAAUUCUUCUUCAUGAAUAUUGAUCAGAAUGAUAACCUUGAUGAAAUCUAGGCCGAGUUCGAAAAUGGGUCAUCUCGGGUCAAAAACUAGGUCACUAGGUCAAAUCAAAGAAAAAGCUUGUGUAUGCGAUAGAGGCGGUAUUUUUCAAUUGAUCUUCAUGAAUUUUGGUCAGAAUGAUUUCCUUGAUGAAAUCUAGGCCGAGUUCGAAAAUGGGUCAUCUCGGGUCAAAAACUAGGUCACUAGGUCAAAUCAAAGAAAAACCAUGUGUAUGCGAUAGAGGCUGUAUUUUUCAAUUGAUCUUCAUGAAUUUUGGUCAGAAUGAUUACCUUGAUGAAAUCGAGGCCGAGUUCGAAAAUGGGUCAUCUCGGGUCAAAAACUAGGUCACUAGGUCAUAUCACGUAAAAACAUUGUGUAUGCGAUAGAGGCUGUAUUUUUCAAUUGAUCUUCAUGAAUUUUGGUCAGAAUAAUAACUUUGAUGAAAUCUAGGCCGAGUUCGAAAAUGGGUCAUCUCGGGUCAAAAACUAGGUCACUAGGUCAAAUCAAAGAAAAACCUUGUGUAUGCAAUAGAGGCUGUAUUUUUCAACUGAUCUUCAUGAAAUUUAGCCAGAAUGAUUACCUUGAUAAAAUCUAGGCCGAGUUCAAAAAUGGGUCAUCUGGGGACAAAAACUAGGUCACUAAGUCAAAUCGAAGAAAAACAUUGUGUAUGCAAUAGAGGAUGUAUUUUUCAAUUGAUCUCCAUGAAAUUUGGUCAGAGUGAUUGCCUUGAUGAAAUCUAGGUCGAUUUUGAAUAUGGGUUAUCUGAGGUCAAAAACUAGGUCACUAGGUCAAAUUAAAGAAAAAUUUUGUGUAUGCGAUAGAGACUGUUUUUUUCAAUUGAUUUUUAUGAAAUUUGGUCAGGUUGAUUGCCUUAAUGAAAUCUAGGUCGAAUUUGAAUAUGGGUCAUCUGAGGUCAAAAACUAGGUCACUUGGUCAAAUCAAAGAAAAAACUUCUGUAUGUGAUAGAGGCUGUAUUUUUCAGUUGAUCUUCAUGAAUUUUGGUCAGAAUGAUUGCCUUGAUAAAGUCUAGGUCGAAUUUGAACAUGGGUCAUCUAGGGUCAAAAACUAGGUCAUAUCUAAGAAAAUGCUUGUUUUAUCGCAAGAGACCAAUUUUUUGGUCCAAUCUUAAUGAAAAUUGGUCAGAAUAUUUGUUUCCAUGAAAUCACUAGGUCAAACAUGUUUUACACUGUUAUGGAGUGUUUCUUAGGUGAGCGACCUAGGGCCAUCUUGGUCCUCUUGUAGGUAAUAUUGAUUGUUUUACAUUUGUACAUGAAUUUGCAUAUAAUUGUCUCUCGAAAUAUUAGGGGGAAGGGGAGAGAUAGUGUUUUGGUCCUGAAUUAGUGACCGCUCUGUAUCUGUACCCCACCCCCAACUCCCUUGAAAGAUUGCACAAAUGUUUGCCGUAAUGAGACUAUGUGCAGAAUACAAUUUUCAGUCAUGCCGAUUGAAAGUCAAGGUUGUACGAUAAAAUCCGCAAUACAUUUAAACACUCACAGCAUUUUCAACUAACAGUAACCUUGACUUAAAUGUUUGCCAUAACGUUCAAAAUGCCACUCAUUGAAAUGUUGUGGUAUAUAUACAUGCGUCUUUUUUCAAGCUUUAAAUGAAUUUGUUUAUAAUACAAGCGUCUAAACGGUUUUGCAUACUCUUUAAUGUAUUUAUUUGUUAUACAUUGUAUAAUAAACUGCUAGAUAAUGCACGCACAAUUAUAAUAAAUGAACGUGUAUGUAUUUCAAGUUUCUAAAUGACGUUGCACUGGAUUUACAUAUAGCUGUAAUGGUAAUUCUAAAAGGUUUUGCAUAUAAUGCCCGUGAAAAUUGUGCAUUGUUCGAAAUAGAAUUCUACAGAAAUAAUACUACUUCUUCGUGAAUUUGCUUAUAAUGCAAGCUAAAUGAGUGCACUGUCUAUAAUAGUUUUAUGUAGUCAUAAUAAUGAAUGCUUCUAAGUGUUUUGUACAUAACGCCAACAAACUUACGUUGUUGAACAACGAAAUGUUUUUUCCAGUGUUAAGGUAUUAGAUCACUAAUAGAGAACCUCCUUUUUGAAGAGUAUUCAAUUCCUACCACAAACCUACUUUUACUGCAAUUCUUAGUGGGGCGUAGGUUCAAGCCCUACUGGGACCAAAUUUUUUUUCCCUUAUUUUCCUUUUUUUCUAGUACGUUUUUACUUCUUUCAGGACUUAUUAUUGAUUUCUUGUACAAAAAAGGAAAAAGAUGAAUCUUAUAAGCGAUAUUUUGGUGUUCAAAGUGAAUUUACUACUUAAACAGAAGGGGUAGAGUUACACAUCUUUAAAAAUAUUGAGUUACACGCGGUAAAGUUCUCUAUUUUGCUAUCACUCUUAGAUUAUAUAUUGUGGAAGAAAUUUAGGUAGGUUUUACGUCUGCCCUAAGGUUAUUUUUAAAUGGAGUAAGCAAAAUUCAAAACAGAAACACAGCAUUCGACCAUAUUUUUUCAGUGUUGAAGUAUGAAUUCUGUUCCAUUAAAUCCGUUUACUUGAGGCACCAUAGAAAAAAUUGAUAUUGACAUUUUUAUUUUGUGUUUUAUAACUGUUUACCAAUAGUUUGAUGUUUCUUUUAUUAAAAUUAAUGGUAAAAUGAGUUCUCUGCAAACGUUUUGGACAGUGACUAUCACUUUGAAAUUUGUCUCUACUUGAGCUUGAGGAGAUACCAUAAGUUAUACAAAAUUUAUAAAAAACGGCACGGUAAAAGUUGUUUAAAAAUUGCAAAAUAGUGCAAAACACGGUUACCUUUCAGAAUAUACCAAGCAAAGGCUAUUUUGUAAACAUUACUAUUAGUGAUCUAAUACCUUAACGUUCUGCUAUGAUCUUUUGCGUUGUUCAAGUUCGAGCGUACAUGUCCAUAUUCCUGAACUCCUGUUCAACGAGAGUACCAGUGACGGAAAUUAUGUUCAUGAUCAGUCAAAUGAAUUUAUUCAUGUAUUUUUAUUAUCAAAGACUGGCUCCCAAAAUAUUGUUACGUUACUUAGCAACAUAGCAGUAUAUCACCUAACCAUGACUGGAUAUUGUAAAUGCAUCAAAAUGAAGAUGUAUUUAACUUUUUGGAAAAUGAUGAAUUUUGAAAGGUGUUGAACUUCCCAAAAGUCUGUCAUACAUAUACAUAUGUUGUAUGUUUUUCUGUUUGUCAAAUAAUCAGGGUCAUUUCAUGACCAUUUAACCAGA